CGGUUAAAGCGAAAGAAGGGCAUAUUAGAGAAGGACAUAAAAGAUGCUGGCGUCAGAAAAUAAAUGGAAAUUCUUAAGUGCAAAGAAUACUUACCGAAGAUCACGGCCACGGCUCCAUAUAUAGUAUGUAAUUUGGUGUAAAAAUUCUUACCAAAGGCAAUGGGGAACCUUCUCUCUUCCCAAAGCCACACGGUAAUAGGAAUUGAUCUUUGAGGAAGCGGAAGACUACCAGGCUUAACCAAAGCCAGUGACAGCAAAAAGAUUAACAACUUUAAAAUAUGUUCAUGAAUUUCAGAUCACCCUUCCUUCUUCUUGUUUUUCUUUUUCUUGUUCUCCUUACAUGUCAGACUUCUGCAACCUCUUAUAAGCUUCUCAUUGCUGAAAGCGAGAAUGGUGAUUUGGUCCCUUGGAUAAGGAGGUCUCUUGCAGAUGAAACGACAGCAGGUAACUCCACUUUGAUUUUGGCUGCCAAGAGAACAGAAAGGAGAGACCCUCUUAACAAUUUCAAGAUAUAUACUGGUGGGUGGAAUAUCAGCGAAAACCACUACUGGACUUCUGUUGGUUUUACUGCGGUUCCUUUCUUUGCCAUCGCCGGAAUCUGGUUUAUUGUCUUUGGUUUGUGUUUGUGCUUCAUAUGCUUCUGUUAUUGCUGCUGCCCAAGGGAGCCUUAUGGCUAUUCGCGAUUAUGCUAUGCCCUGUCCCUUAUUUUCCUCAUACUGUUCACCAUAUCUGCGAUUGUUGGAUGCAUUGUUCUAUACAAUGGUCAAGGAAAGUUCCACAGCAAUACAAUAGACACUCUUGAUUACGUUGUGAAACAAGCCGAUAUAACUAGUGAAAACCUCAAGAAUGUGUCGGAGUAUCUUUCUGCAGCUAAACAUAUCGGUGUGAAUUCAGUUUCUCUGCCUGCUGAUCUUCAGAGUGGGAUUGAUUCUAUUGAUGCGAAGAUCAACUCUUCUGCUACCACUCUUUCAUAUGAGACGGAUAAGAACUCUAAAAAUAUAACAGACGUAUUGGAUAGCGUGAGAUGGUCUCUUAUUGUUAUUGCUGCUGUAAUGCUUUUGCUUGCAUUUGUUGGGUUUUUGUGCUCGAUUUUUGGAUUGCAAUGUCUUGUAUACUUCCUGGUUGUCAUUGGGUGGCUUCUUGUGGCGGGCACAUUCAUUCUAUGUGGUGUAUUUCUUCUCCUCCAUAAUGUGGUUGGGGAUUCAUGUGUGGCAAUGGAUGAAUGGGUCCAGCACCCAACGGCUCAUACUGCUUUAGAUGACAUACUGCCGUGUGUGGAUAAUUCAACUGCCCAAGAAACCUUGCUGAAAUCUAAGAAUGUCACACGACAACUUGUGGGCAUGGUUGAUAACAUCAUCCAGUCUGUCGCAAAUAGCAAUCUCCCACCACAAGCCGGACCUUUGUAUUACAACCAGUCUGGUCCAAUGGUACCUCUUCUUUGCAAUCCAUUCAAUACUGAUUUGACAGAUCGAACAUGUGCAGCCGGUGAGGUGGAGCUGAGCAAUGCUACUGAGGUAUGGAAGAACUAUGUUUGUGAGAUUUCAGCAUCGAAUAUGUGCACUACUACUGGUCGGCUGGCCCCUGUGAUGUACAGUCAGAUGGCAGCUGCUGUGAAUGUGAGCUACGCGCUGUAUCGCUAUGGACCAUUCUUGGUUAAUCUAACAGACUGCACUUUUGUGCGUGACACUUUCACAGUCAUAAGUAAUGACUAUUGUCCUGGUAUGCAGCUCUAUACCAAAUGGAUCUACAUUGGUUUAGUAAUGGUAUCCGUAGCUGUAAUGUUUUCACUGAUCUUCUGGGUGAUCUAUGCAAGGGAGCGCCGACAUCGCGCUUACACUAAACAGUUUAAUUCCAGAUACCCCCAAGGCAUAGAUAAGAACCAUUAGAAAAAUCUUCCAUUGUAUGUUCUCGAGUACUAAAAAUGAACAUUUUUUAGUAGUUUAGCAACUUUUUAAUUAGACAUGAAUAUUUUCCAGUGCCUUGUAUUGGUAGCACAAUAGCAAUGUAUCAGAUUGUAAAAGUUAAUAUAUGGAAGCUACUUCAGGGUUGUAA